AUGUUUCAGGUUAUUCAGAGGCGUAUUGGCGCCCCGCGAUUUACCUUGCCUCGUGGCCGUACCGUGCCUCGUCGCAAUCUCAUCCCCGCCCCAAAGGCGAACUCGGGCCCUUUGAUGGAGCGACGAGCGGACCGUGAGCUUCCUUCAAUCAAUUCAGAGAAGCGUCGAUGGAUCAAGACGCUGCCGAUAUUUACAGUAGUCGUGGGUGCUGCAAUGCUCGGUAUUUUCAACUACCAAAAGUCAUCUUCGAGCGUGGUCAGCAGCACCCUUUAUGCCUUGAGAACAUCUCCGCGUGCCCGGGAGAUUCUAGGAGAUGAAAUUUAUUUCGCGCAGCAAAUACCAUGGAUCAGUGGAGAGAUGAAUCAGUUGCAUGGUCGCAUUAAUAUCUCCUUCUGGGUUAAGGGCACGAAGGGUCAGGGUAAAAUGCGAUUCCGAAGCAUUCGACCAGACCGCAUGAGCUAUUUCCGCACCGAAGAAUGGAGUCUAGAAACAGAGGAUGGACAUGUUAUACAACUGCUCGACCAGGGAAGCGACCCAUUUCGUCAAGACAACUGA